AUGGUCACCAAUUAUGUGGCAGACCCACGGCACCGCACUCUUGGUCUUGACCAGAAGGCGGCGGCUGCUCCAGGUAAACCGGCCGAUAAAUCAGAAACAGAAUCCGGGGACGAAGUCGAUGCCAUUAGAGAGCGCAUACUGGCAGAUCGGCUGCAGUCGAGCAACCCGCCAGUCCUCCCUAUCUUGACAUUGUUCCGGAAGAAGGAUCACAAGCAGCUGGACGAGAUCGCUACCCAGCCGUCUGUGUACGAUGACCCGUUGGUGGCACAAUAUUUCACACCUACUGCACGCUACGAGAACUUGCAUCGCUUCGAUCCCGAGGCAAGAUGGACAUGGAGAGAGGAGCUACCUCUAAUCAACAAAAUUGAUUGGAAGAUCACACUCUGGGCUUGUAUUGCAUUUUUUGGCUUGGAUCUCGACAGAGGCAACUUAAGUCAGGCCAACACCGAUAACUUCCUCGAAGACUUGGGACUCAAUACGGAUGACUACAAUCUGGGCAACACAGUCUUCAGACUGGCCUUCUUAUGCGCUGAGCUCCCUUCGCAGCUGAUCAGCAAGAAACUGGGUCCUGAUAGAUGGAUCCCUACGAUAAUGUGUCUCUGGUCAGUUGUGGCGGCGUCACAGUUCUGGCUCAGCGGCAGGCCAUCUUUCCUCCUGUGUCGAGCGCUUCUGGGCUUGCUUCAGGGCGGCUUCAUCCCGGAUGUUAUCCUAUAUUUGUCCUACUUCUUCAAAGGCACCGAACUACCCUUCCGGCUUGCCCUUUUCUGGACAUCAUUGCGGGUGACUGACAUAGUUGCCCCAAUUCUCGCCUUCGGACUGCUACGGCUGCGCGGCUACCAUGGAUACGAGGGCUGGCGCUGGCUCUUCCUCUUCGAAGGGAUCCUGACACUCACCAUCGGCGUGUGGUCUUGGUUCAUGAUGGCUCCCUCACCAACGCAAACGAAGUCCUGGUACCGGCCGAAGGGCUGGUUCACUGAGCGAGAGGAGGUCAUCAUGGUGAACCGCAUCCUCAGGGACGACCCUUCCAAGGGAGACAUGCAUAACCGGCAAGCUGUCAGCCUCAAAUUGUUAUGGAAGUCGCUAACGGACUUCGACCUCUGGCCUGUCUACAUCCUCGGCCUAUGCUUCCAGAUCCCGACAGGUCCUCCUGAUCAAUACCUGACCCUCACGCUCAGAAACCUUGGUUUCGGCACGUUUGACUCGAAUUUGCUGACAAUCCCCACUCAGUUCUUCGGAGCCAUCACUAUGAUGAUCGUGACAUUUUACUCGGAGCGUUACAAUGAGAGAGGCCUCAUCGGAGUGCUCUGUCAAUUUUGGGUCCUACCAAAUAUGAUCGCCUUGGCUGUACUACCAAACACCUCGUCCGCAUGGGCACGCUAUGCAAUUCUAACCGUCCUCUUAUCGUUCCCAUCAGCACAUGCAAUGCAGGUUGCCUGGUGCAGUCGUAAUUCCAACACUGUCAGAGCCAGAACUGUUUCAGCUGCUCUCUACAAUAUGUUUGUCCAAGUUAGUGGAAUAGUCUACUCAAACGUCUACCGAAGUUCCGAUCGUCCUUUUUAUCGCAAAGCAAACCGUGCCUUGAUUGGUGUCUGCGCAAUGAAUAUCGUUCUUUACCUUCUUACCAAGUUGUAUUAUGUCUGGCGGAACAAGGUCCGCGAUCAAGAGUGGAAUGCUAUGACCAAAGAAGAGCAGAUACAGUAUCUUUCCACUACGAAGGACUCAGGCAGUAAAAGGAAGGACUUCAGAUUCGCUCAUUAG